AUUUAAGUAUUCUAUAGCCUUUGAUUUUCCCCUCACAAUGAAUAUUUUAUUAUUGUUUCGAUCAAAAACCGAAAAAAAAUUCGAUUUCUGUGCUUCAAAAUCCAAAAGUCCAGAGGACCAAAAGGAUGCCCGUGGCCGUGCGUCUUGUGGAGGCCCUGACCCUGAUCACAAUCAUGGGCCUCAUAACCUGCAUAGGUCUCAGUGUGAUUUUGACUCAACAUACGAUCAGUCUGGCUGUAACUUUCCUCGAGCCCGCAGCGAAUAUUGUUGACAUGGCUCUGCUCGUGACCGAGAAGAUCCUCGUGUCCGCCCUCCUUGUCGUUCUCCGUCUUACGAAUACGGUGGGAAAUGCUCUGCAAGCGGCUGGAAUGGCUUGAGGACUCCCUCACUCUAUAUAUUUAGUAUUCUUUUUGUACUGUUCUGUGACUCCAAAAUUUUGCAAUAUAUUUCGCGCCAAUCGUUUUAAUA